CCUUCUCCUGGGAGCUAAGCUGCUUUCUGUUUAACACCGCAAAGAGCAAUGGAGAGUUUAGGCAAAGACCAUCCUUCUUCAGAUUCUUCCCCGCCACCGUCUGCAGCCCAUAAGGAGUACGCUGUGCCAGAUGUCAUCAUAACACAACGCUUGAGGGACCGGGAGCUGCUCAGAAAGAGAAAAGCGGAAGCCCUGGAGAAAGACUCGACUCAGUGGAUUCUGAGCAGGGUGCAUAAGAACCAACGGCAAAAGAGAGGUAGAAGAACCAAAAGAGGACGGGGCCGUCAGCCGGAGGUGAAGGCCACCCUGGAGCCAGAACCAACCAUAGACCCCCAGCCUGAGCUGCAGAAGGAGGCUGAACAAGUGCACUCUGAGCCAGCGCACUCUGAGCCAGCACCGCCUGAACCAGUGUACCAAGAACAGCUGCCCAUGACGACCAUCCAGAACCCAGUCAGUGGGAUGCAACCAGCAGCAGUGGAAGGGGAGCCAGCAGCCAGGAGCUUGGAUCCUGCAGGUGAAGAGGAGGUGGUGAAUCCAACAGAAGAAGAAAUACUGGAACUUUUCAAUACUCCCCUGGAAAACGACCACCAGGAUAACAAAUUCAACGCACAUGUUCUGUAUUAAUUUUCUGAUUGUUUGUUUUUUCAUCUUAUUGUGACUCCUGCCUCACAAGCUCUGAUAAGUACUACAUCAGCUUCUUUCUGGUUAGUUCUAAGGCCCACACUCUCCUUGUCACUCUGCUUUCUAUGCCUCUUUCAGGUUCCAGUGUGGUCGAAUGUGCAGAGGCAGUCCUUCGGGAGUUGCCUGCUGCCUGUGGCUUAUAAGCCCCCUGCUCUCUCUGCAGACAGGCUGUUUCACUCGGGCCCACAGAAGGCUUCAUCGUGUCCUGCCACGGUACAGGUUAAGCAUACAGUCCAGCAUCCAUCCUUCUGAAAGCCAUUUCUGAUUUGCAUAGAUGUGAGUGGCACAGCAAACCUGAAACCCACUGUGAUUUUUAGUCAGAUAGAGCUUGCCCACCUUAGGUUUUUCCUGCACCCCUGAAGCCACACAUCCCUUUCUGCUUUUGUUUUCAGUCUGAAGGUCUUUAUCAAGGUCAGUUUUCCUCUGGAAAAAAGAAAAAUAAA